GGAGUUGCGUGAAAUCGGAGGCGCUUCCGUUUGGGCAUUCUGGGAAGUGUAGUCCAGGAGCGGGGUACAGUCGGGGACACUUCCGCUCCAGGAAGGCGAGGUCGGGCCGAGAUUGUUGGCAGGGAGCUUUGCCUUCCCAGAACUCUGCCCUUCCCCAAAAGGAAAAGGAGAAAAAAAUGACCAAAUUCCAGGAGGCGGUGACGUUCAAGGACGUGGCUGUGGUCUUCACGGAGGAGGAGCUGGGGCUGCUGGACCCCACCCAGAGGAAGCUGUACCGAGAAGUGAUGCUGGAGAACUUCCGGAACCUGGUCUCUGUGGGGCAUUCAUCCUCCAAACCAGAUGUGAUAUCCCAGUUGGAGAGAGAGGAAAAGCUUUGCACGAAGGAGAUCCACACCCAGAGGGGUAGGCACUCGGGAGGCAGGAAUCAAAACGAGAAGGAGACUCUUCACGAAGCAGGAGUAAGGUGCCUUUCAUUGGGAGAGUUUUCAUGUUGGCAAAUCAAGAGACAUAUCGUGAGCAAAUUCACCAAAGAUCAAGACUCCAAGAUAAAUAUUCAAGGAAAGAGUUCUGAGUUCCCCAAACAGUGUGAUUCCCCCUGUCAAGUGGGAGCAGGAAUAUGUAUUCAGGCUUCCGUGGAAGAUAGCUGUAUAAUGAACCUUAUAGAGGAUCAUUCCAGUAUUCUUGAAAAUCAAGAAUUUCUGGCUGGGAGAGUUCAGAAUUCUUGGAGUAAAAUAUAUCUCAGCGAAACACCGAAUUACCAGAGAAGUUGUAAGCAGACUCAGAUGAAAAACCAAUUGUGUAUAUUUGCUCCAUACGUUAACAUCCUUAGUUGUAUCUCACACCACCAUGAUGGCGAUAAACCUCACAACGAAGACUGCGGUAAAGACAUCUUAAAGGUGUCCCCUCUGGUCCAGCAGACCUACCACUGUCGUCAGUGUGAGAAAGCAUUCAACGAUGGCCCCAGUCUUGAACUUCAUCAGCAGGUACACUCGAGAAAGAAGUCCUCCGAGUACGGCGCACACGAGAAGGACGCCCGCUAUAGCUCAGCUCUGCCCAUUCCACGAAGUGUUUACACGGGAAAAAAACGCUAUUGGUGUCACGAGUGUGGGAAGGGUUUCAGCCAGAGCUCAAACCUGCAGACUCAUCAGAGAGUGCACACAGGGGAGAAGCCCUAUUCGUGCCUUGAGUGUGGGAAGAGCUUUAACCAGACCUCCCAUCUUUACGCCCAUUUGCCCAUUCACACAGGAGAGAAGCCCUACAGAUGUGAAAGUUGUGGGAAGGGCUUCAGUCGUAGCACAGAUCUUAACAUUCACUGCAGAGUCCACACUGGAGAGAAACCUUACAAAUGUGAGGUGUGCGGGAAGGGCUUCACCCAGAGAUCACAUCUUCAGGCCCACGAGAGAAUCCACACCGGAGAGAAACCAUAUAAGUGUGGAGACUGUGGUAAACGCUUUAGUUGUAGCUCAAAUCUCCAUACCCACCAGAGAGUCCACACGGAAGAGAAACCGUAUAAGUGUGAUGAGUGUGGAAAGUGCUUCAGCUUGAGCUUUAACCUUCACAGCCAUCAACGGGUCCACACGGGAGAGAAACCAUAUAAAUGCGAAGAGUGUGGGAAGGGUUUUAGUUCAGCCUCAAGUUUCCAGAGCCAUCAAAGAGUUCACACAGGGGAGAAACCAUUUCGCUGCAACGUGUGUGGUAAAGGCUUCAGUCAGAGUUCCUAUUUCCAAGCCCAUCAGAGAGUCCACACUGGAGAAAAACCAUACAAAUGUGAGGUGUGUGGGAAGCGCUUCAAUUGGAGCUUGAAUCUUCACAAUCAUCAGAGGGUCCACACAGGAGAGAAACCUUAUAAAUGUGAAGAGUGUGGAAAGGGCUUCAGUCAGGCCUCCAAUCUUCAAGCUCAUCAGAGUGUCCACACUGGGGAGAAACCAUUCAAGUGUGAUGCGUGCCAGAAGCGAUUCAGUCAGGCCUCCCAUCUUCAAGCCCAUCAGAGAGUCCACACGGGAGAGAAGCCAUAUAAGUGCGAUACAUGUGGCAAGGCCUUCAGCCAGAGGUCCAAUCUUCAAGUCCAUCAGAUCAUUCACACUGGAGAGAAACCGUUUAAAUGUGAGGAGUGUGGGAAAGAAUUUAGUUGGAGUGCCGGGCUCAGUGCUCAUCAGAGGGUGCACACAGGAGAGAAGCCUUACACAUGUCAGCAGUGUGGUAAAGGCUUCAGUCAGGCCUCCCACUUUCACACACAUCAGCGGGUCCACACUGGAGAAAGGCCAUACAUAUGUGAUGUCUGUUGUAAAGGCUUCAGCCAGAGAUCACAUCUUGUGUACCAUCAGAGAGUCCACACUGGAGGAAAUCUGUAGAAAUGUGAGGUGUGGGGGGUGGCCUUCGGUCAGAGUUCACAUCUUCUUCUCCAUUGGAAAAUCGACGCUAGUAAUUGUAGAACGGUUCCUUCGGAACUCAGAAGCCUCAAGGAAUCUUCACAUGCAAGCAGCUCUGUGAAGUGCUCUCUUUUAAGGACAGCUGGGUGCUGAAUUCUUUGCGAAUCGGAUUUCACAGACGAGAGAAAACCUUUUCCAUAAAUACGGCCAGUGUUUGUGCCAGCAUUCUGAAUGUCCCAAUUUUUCGAGAUGCAACAUAAAAGCACUUCAAAAUUCACCCCAGUCUACCCAGGAAAAAGGCCUUAUAAAUGAAGAUUAGGGGCAGGACUUUAACAAAAGUAUAGUGAUGGACAAGUAAAAUUAAUGUCAGUGGCAGUGUAACCUCCAUGUAGGGAGGGAUGUUUUUCACUACUUUAUCUCUACUGUGUAGAAAAGUGCGCUUGGCUCAUAAGAGAUGCCCAGCAAUUACCGGACAAAAUGGAGAAAAUCUAUCAUUAGGACAGAUACAGUAAAACCUUGGUUUUAUGUGUGCCACACGUGAGCAUAAUUCAUUCCAGAAACAUGCUUAAUCCAAAGCAGUUGUAUACCUAAGCCAAUUUCGUCAUAAGAAGUAACUCGGAUGAUUUGUUCCACAACCCAAAAAUACUCGGAUAAAAAUGAUUACAAUACUGUAAUAUAAUACAAAAUCAUAAAAUAUAAGGAAAAA